AUGCAUAUCAAGGACUUCAAGGUCGAUUUUAUAAUAUAUGGUUUACUUUGUCAGGUCCUCUGUGUUUUCGCCCUUAUCGCAGCGGCGGCGGCAGCACAGCAUGGGCACCACGCACACUCCUCGCAACACAUCUCCAAGCACGAUGAACAUCCUCAAGAGGUGACCAUCAAGGACCACUAUGGACACGAGAAGCACGUCGACUAUUACACUCACCCCAAAUACAAGUUCGAGUACAAAGUGAACGACGAGCACACGGGCGACCACAAGACGCAGAACGAGCAUCGUGAGGGAGACUCUGUGCAUGGUUUCUACAGCCUGAACGAGCCCGACGGCUCCGACCGACAUGUCCAUUACCACAGUGACCACCACUCCGGUUUCCACGCUGACGUCAAACACAGUACCCACCACAUCGUUCCUCACCAUCAUCUAAUAUUGCUCGGCCUCAAGAGAGGCAUGGUCAUAGCCACGCGUACUCCUCACAGAACAUCGUGCUGUAUCAGACCCACGGAUAUGAGCACCACAGCCAUAAGCAGCAUGUUCCAGUUCACUAUCAGCCUGCCCACACCGAGUCCCACCAUACUCACCACCACGCCGUCUCCUCUCAAAACAUCCAACGCCACGACGUUCCCGGCAAGACGCCCGAAAGCCAGCACGACUAUUACGCGCACCCUAAAUACGAGUUCGAGUACAAGGUGGAGGAACCGCACACCGGCGAAGUCUCAGCAAGAGUCCCGCGACGACGACGUCGUGAAGGGCUACUACAGCCUGCAUGAGGCCGACGGCACUGUAAUUUGUUUGGUUGCUGCAGUGCUUGUGGUGGCAGCACAAAAUGGGGACGAGCAUAAAAUUGCACAUUCCUCCCAGUACAUAACACGCCACGACGGCCCAGUGCUAAAAGCGUAUAUAAAAGAGCACAAGCCUGAGCAUAGUUAUGAGCAUAAACAUGAGCAUGGACAAGACAAUAGCCACGAGCAUAAGCAUGAGCACAGCCAUGAGCACUGGCAUGAGCUGACACAUGAAGACAGUCAUGAAAACAAGCAUGAGCAUGGACACGAGCACUGGCAUGAGCAGAAACAUGAGCAUGGACAUGAACAUGAACACGAACAUGGACACGAACAUUGGCACGAGGAGAAACAUGAGCACAACCAUGAACACAAACAUGGACAUGGACAUGAGCAAAGCCACGAGCACAAGCAUGAGCACAAACACGAACCUGCCCAUUCCUCGCAGCACAUCUCCAAGCACGACGGACAUGCGGAGGUGGUAACCAUCAAGGAUCAUCACGGACACGAGAAGCAUGUCGACUACUAUACACAUCCCAAGUACGAGUUCAAGUACGAGGUGGAGGACAAGCACACGGGUGACCACAAGACGCAGCACGAGCACCGCGACGGCGACGUCGUCAAGGGCUUCUACAGCCUGCACGAGCCCGAUGGCUCCGUCAGGGACGUGCACUACCACAGUGACAAAAAGACUGGUUUCCAUGCUGACAUCAAACACAGCACCCACCACAUUGUUCCUGAGCACCAUCACCACCAUUAAAUAAAUUCCUUUUAUUGAGUCUUUUU